AUGGCAGCUCAGAUGUUUAGACCAAAAGAUAUUAUGUCCAGUCCGUAUUUUGUACAUCCUGGUGAGAAUCCCUCACUCAUUUUAGUCUCAAAUUUGUUAGAUGGAAGCAAUUAUCACUCGUGGUUCAGAUCAAUGCGUAUGGCAUUGAUUUCCAAAAACAAGUUUAAGUUUGUUGAUGGUUCAAUUGUUAUACCUCAAGCUGAUGAUGAUACUUUUGCUGUUUGGGAGAGGUGUAACACUCUAGUCAUGUCUUGGUUAUAUAGAUCAUUGACUCAGACUAUUGCUGAUAGCAUAUCCUGCCUUGACACUGCAUAUGAAAUAUGGAAAGAUUUGAAAGAUAGGUUCUCACAAGGGGAUUCUGGAAGGAUUGGGGACAUACAAGAAGAAAUAUACAGUUUUAAACAGGGUUCAAUGUCAAUAACUAAGUAUUUUACUCAUCUGAAGACUCUUUGGGAUGAGUUACUCAAUCUGAGAUCAAUUCCUAUUUGUCACUGUGAACCUAAGUGCCCCCGUGGAAUAUCAGAAACAAUUAAAAUGAUUCAGUCAAGUGAUCAGGUAAUAAAAUUUUUAAAAGGCUUGAAUGAGAAUUUCUCUCCUGUUAGAACACAGAUAAUAAUGCAGGAACCUCUUCCUGCAAUCAAUAAGGCUUUCUCUAUGGUGAUUCAAUAUGAAAGGCAGUUGGCAACUGCAAACAAAGCAGGUGGUGAUUCAAAUGUCUUUAUGGCAAAAGGAAGCAAUGAGUCUGAUUAUGAUAUAGACUAUGAGUCUAAUAUCUGCUAUGCAAGAGGAAGGGGCAUGGGCAAUUUUAGAGGAAACUUUCAAAGAAGAGGAGGUUUCAACAACUUUUAUCAAGGCACAAAACAGAAAUUAUGCUCAUAUUGUGGAAACUCAGGACACACUGUGGACUAUUGUUACAGGAAACAUGGAUUUCCUCCUGGCUUUCAACCAAAGAAACCUGAUAAUGCAUAUGCAAAUCAUGCUCAAUCUGAACAACAGGAUUUUCAGGAUUAUGAUGAUGACAUAUCAAUAAUGCAGAGAGGAAACUAUAAGCAAGAAGUGACAAAGGUUAACAUGAACACUGAAUCAACUGCCAUCUCUGGUGUUCAUACAGGACACACUUUCACUUUUACUCCAGAACAGUAUCAGAAAAUUAUGUCUUUAAUUCAACCAGGACCAAAUGAAGCAGGGCCUUCUCAAGUGAAUUCUCUUGUGGCAUCAUUCAAACCACCAGAGGAUAAACAAGUGAAUCAUGUUAAUGUAAGGUUUCCAAAUGGAUCACUUAUUCCUGUUACACACAUAGGCUCAGUACAAUUAAGUGAUGAACUUUUGUUACACAAUGUGCUCUAUGUGCCUAUGUUCAACUUCAAUCUUAUCUCUGACAUGGAUACAUGGAAGAGGAUUGGUUCAGCUGAAAAGAAAGAGCCUUCAAGCCAGCUGAGAAGUACUACUCGGGCAGACAGACAUAGAGUAGACCAGAAGCAGGGGCAUGGAAUUAGCAUUGUGCACCUCAACCGGAGGCAAACUAUAAACACCUCUUUUCCGGACAGGCAGAAAAGUGAUAAGGGACUAAAGCGUUUGAUGAGUAUUUCCAGAGACACCUAUACGGGUGACGAGAGUGAUCCGCCAUCGAAAUCCGAACCCGUGCCGAAAUUAGGAGUUAUGGCGCCACACCAUUUUGUAAUUUCCCACCCCAGUCCUAGUCAGAAUCUCUCUAUCGUGUUAGCAAAAGUGCCAUGUCAUCAUGCGCUCUAA